UUUGCGUCACGUGCGCGGCGGGCGCGGUGCAUUGUGGGCCCGCAAAGAUGGCGGCGCUCAGCGCGGGACGGGCGGCGGCGGCGGGCCUCCUGCGAGCCCAGAGCCUCGGGGUGUGGCGGGGGCUGGGCACCGCGGCCCCUCUCCUGCAGCAAGCCCAGGCCAAGUCCCACAGUGCCAAGGCUGAGGGGACAUUCCAGGUGACGAUGCUGCCGGGGGAUGGCGUGGGCCCGGAGCUGAUGCACGCCGUCAAGGAGGUCUUCAAGGCUGGCAAUGUCCCCGUGAUCUUCGACGAGCACCACCUGAGCGAGGUGCAGAACACGGCGUCCGAGGAGAAGCUGGAUCGGGUGGUGGAUUCCAUGAAGGAGAGCAAGGUGGCCCUCAUCGGGAAGAUCCACACGCCCAUGGAGUACAAGGGAGACCUGGCGUCCUACGACAUGAGGCUCAGGAGGAAGCUGGACCUGUUUGCCAACGUGGUGCACGUCAAGAGCCUCCCGGGGUACCAGACCCGGCACAACAACCUGGACCUGGUGAUCAUCCGCGAGCAGACCGAGGGCGAGUACAGCUCCCUGGAGCACGAGGUACCACCGGGAACCCCACCGGGAAUCCCAGGGAAUCCCACCAGGAAUUCCAGGGAAUCCCACCGGGAAUUCCACCGGGAAUCACACCAGGAAUCACACCAGGAAUCCCACCAGGAAUUCCACCGGGAAUCACACCAGGAAUCACACCAGGAAUUCCACCGGGAAUCACACCGGGAAUCCCAGGGAAUCCCACCGGGAAUUCCAGGGAAUCCCACCAGGAAUCCCACCAGGAAUCCCACCAGGAAUCCCACCGGGAAUCCCACCGGGAAUCCCACCGGGAACCCCACCGGGAAUCCCAGGGAAUCCCACCGGGAACCCCACCAGGAAUCCCACCAGGAACCCCACCGGGAAUCCCACCAGGAAUCCCACUGGGAAUCCCACCGGGAAUUCCAUUGGGAAUCCCAGGGAAUCCCACCGGGAACCCCACCGGGAAUCCCAGGGAAUCCCACCGGGAAUCCCAGGGAAUCCCCCAUGGAGGGACUGGGAUUUGGGGAUGGAAUUCCUCCCACCUUUGGGAUAACUGUCCCUGCCCAUGGAUGGGGUGGGAAUUGCUGGGGUUUAAGGUCCCUU